UCUCCCGGUCGCUGCCUUCCGCUAACUUGACGCAGCUCGGCUGGGUCACGCUGCAAGCCAGCCGGAUGUUUUGCGUCGCCAAGCAGUAUGUGAAGACAUGAGAUGGGAACAUUUGCUCGUUUUAACAGAAAGCUAAACCCGUGCGGCUCCAGCGGAGGCCCCGAACAGGCACCAAUGAGUCGAGCUUUGUGAGAGGGCAGCAGUCGGCCCGGUGUGCUGGAUGUCUGUGACAGAUCCAUGGGCCAGAAGGACCAUGUGGAGGCAGGAGCAGGCCACAUCCUCGACCUGGGGCUGGAUUUGGAGUAUCUCCACGUAGCAGGGGCUGACCGGCAAGCUGGCGGUGCUGACGGGCCCCCUGCUAUGGAGGAGCAGGGGGAGAGCUCCGGCAACAGCAGUACCGCCAAUUCCCCUCCACCGACCACGGUGGAGGAAAACGCCGGGUCCGAUGCAGAGUGCGAGCUGGCGGUGUCUUCCGGCGCCACCCUCGCCGCCGGCCUCAACCCGGAUGGAGGAGAGGGUGCGAUAACUCACAGUAAGAACACCCACCAGCCACUCUGUCGGACCCAGUGUGUGGACUUAGGGACUGAGGGGCCUCCUGAGCCCCCAUCUGAACUCUCAUCAGAGCUUGAAGAAGACACCCCUGCCAAGUCCCCACCCAGCUCCCCGUGUAAGCACCCACCCGAGCUUCCGUCCAAUCCCUCCGCAUCAGAGGGUAGUGGGAAGGAGUACCAGGCUAAGCUGGAGUUUGCGCUGAAGCUUGGCUACUCUGAGGAGACAGUGCGACUGGUGCUGUCCAAGCUGGGCCCUGACACUCUAAUCAACGACAUACUGGGAGAGCUGGUCAAACUGGGCACCAAAUCAGACUCGGAGCAGCCAGCUGGAUCUUUGGCCUCUACCUCAUCCUCUUCAUCCUCUUCUUCCUCUUGUGGUUGUUCUGACUUGCUGGACAGCCAGCGCUCAGAUUCACCCUGUCCGUCAGACUCUGUGUGUGACCAGGACAACCUGCGGCCAAUCGUGGUGGAUGGAAGUAACGUAGCCAUGAGCCAUGGCAACAAGGAAGUGUUUUCCUGCCAGGGCAUCCAGCUGGCUGUAGAUUGGUUCCUAGAGCGUGGUCAUCAUGACAUCACAGUGUUUGUGCCUGCAUGGAGGAAAGAGCAGUCCCGCCCCGAUGCCCCUAUAACAGAUCAGGAGAUCUUGCGUCGCCUUGAGAAGGAAAAGAUCCUGGUCUUUACUCCUUCGCGUCGUGUCCAAGGUCGCCGCGUGGUCUGCUAUGACGACCGCUUCAUUGUCAAGCUGGCCUAUGAGUCAGACGGCAUCAUCGUCUCCAAUGACAACUACCGAGACCUGGCUAAUGAGAAACCUGAGUGGAAGAAGUUCAUCGAUGAGCGACUGCUCAUGUAUUCCUUUGUCAAUGACAAAUUCAUGCCCCCAGAUGACCCUCUUGGUCGUCAUGGCCCCAGCUUAGACAACUUCCUGAGGAAAAGACCUGUCAUGCCUGAGCAGAAGAAACAGCCUUGCCCAUACGGAAAGAAGUGCACUUACGGCCACAAGUGUAAGUACUACCACCCAGAAAGAGGUGCUCAGCCCCAGCGUGCUGUGGCUGAUGAGCUGCGUGCCAGUGCCAAGACCUGCGUCACCACAAAGAACCAGGGGGACACUGGGCUAGUGAAGAGCCACAGUGUGCCAGCUGGCAGCAUUGAGGCAAAAAAAGGUGCCCAGAAAAGGCAGUCAGACCCCAGCAUCCGAGCUCUGUCAUACAGUGAUGCUGAGGAGAAGCUACUGGCAAAAGGGAGGCAGGAAAGCCAAAAGAACAGCAUAUGUGGUAGCAGCAGCAAUAGCAGUUCCAGCAGCAGCAGCGGGAGUAUAACUAUGUCCCCAGCUCCAGGAGGCCCUCCAUCCAGCCUUAGCCUUCCCCAAGACCAACAGUCCAGAGCAGCCACUCCUCAUGGUCUCCUACCAAACCCCAGCCACGACCUUUACCCUCACUGCGAGUCUCCGGACAUGAGCUACUACUCAGUAACGCGUGCCUACUCCGGCCUGAGCCUCUCCUCCAGACGGAGCCCAGACUGUCGCUUCCCCAAUGACACAGACCUGCGGCUUGGCUCAAUGGGCUCAGCAGGCUCUGAAUGUGGCAGUGAAAGCAGCGUGAGUUGCGGUAGCAGCUGUGACUCAUACAGUGAGAGGCCAUGUCCCGGAUGCCCCCCAGACACCUUACUGGAAGAUGGCAUCCAUUAUGCCAAUCCUCACAGCCGGCUGUAUCCUCAUCAUGCCACAUCGAACCAUGAGCUUUGUGGCCUUCAUGCUGCCGACUACACAAAUAUCCAACACAGCCACACAUCUAAUACCGGAGUACACAGCUACCACUUGACACGCGGGCAAAGCUGUGCUCAUGAUCAGCCUCCAGACGCUCCGCCAAAACGCCCUCUGUACCCCUUGUCCCCUCAUCUCCAGCACCAGCCGCUGGCUGCACGCUCCAGCUGUCCAGGCGACUACCACUCUCUACCCCAGUCCAACCCUCACCCCCCUGGCUCUCCUCUUGGCCGCUGCCUGGCCCCCACACGAGCAGAGAGCGUGUCAGACUCACAUCUGUAUGAUCACCUCUCUACAUCACACCAUCACCACCGGCCAAAAGCUUUGCCCAGCUGGGACACGUACUACAGGCAGCCGCCAUUGCCGCCACCCCGGUAUGAGCCGUCUGCCUACCAGAGCCUGCCAGACACACGUCAGUCAUCCUGGCACACCCCUCCCUGGGCACAAGAAGGCUACGCCCAGCACCACUCCUCUCACCCAGCUCUCCACCCGUCGCCAACACAUUACCUAAACCAUCCACCACCUUCAGCUCACACUCCUCACCCACCCCAUCCAUCCAGCAAACCUCUCCCGCCUUACCCGCCUCAUAGCGCUCACCUUACAGUGCCCUCCCACGCUCCUCCCUCCUACAUGCCACAGCAUUCAGAAUCCCCUGCACACAGCCACUACGGGGACAUGAGGGAGAAAGUGUAUGUCAACCUGUGUAACAUCUUCCCAUCAGAGUUGGUGAGCAGAGUAAUGGCCAGGAGCCCCCACAUCACAGACCCCCAACAGCUGGCAGCCGCCAUCCUGGCAGAAAAAGCUCAAUCAGGCUACUGAGGGAUGAAGGAAAAGUGUCAUUAUUCAUUAGAAAACAACAAGAGUUGUGACUUCUGAACAGAAAUGGGAAAACACAAAACUAGACACAGUUUGCAUCAGCAGAACAAAUUGGAAUUUGCCUUUGCACCACUUGAAAGCACGUUGGGUUUGCAUGUAAAAUACUGGAAUGCUUUUGGAUCGUCUCUUUUCUUAAGACGUUGAUGAGAGAAUGCAUAUGUUUGAAGGAAAUAAAAUGCUGAAGAUAAUCCAAAUCCAGCUCUGGUCACUGUUCAGCGACAACUAAAUCGACUUAAAGUGGAGAGAGCAAGCUAAAAACUUUCAACAAAAUGUAUGACAUGGAGAUUGUUCAACACCUGCUCAGUUGGUCAUUGUAAUUAUAUAGUAGCUUAUUUUUUGUCUUUCACAUGCAGGACUUGUUUUGCAUUAAAUUCAAGAGGCACUUUUUUUUUGUUUUACAGCCAAAUCGUAAUGUAGGGAGUUGGUAUGCAUCAGUCAAUUAUGACUGAUGAAGGAUAUUUUAUUCCACUACCUUUAUGACAAGAUUUAAAGGGAGUUGAUUUUUAGGGAAUACACACACACACAUUAUGUACACUGUACACUGUAUUUACUCUCACACCUGAGUCAAACUGAUUUUUUUUUUCUUGCAUGUGUGUAGCAUCAGUUGGAUAGGAUUUUCUAUUUCACAACUAUAAUGAAAGUGACGGUAACAUAAGUAAAACUUAAUUUCUGCAAUUUUCUUAACUUGUUAUGUGGCAAAUCUCCGUCUGAGUCCAUACAUCACGUGACAGUUUCAAACUACUAUUUGACCAAGGUCUAUGUAUUAUAUUAAUCUCUUUGUGUGUGUCGUGCGGCUGUUUGUGGGGUUUUUCCAUGUUGGUAAAAAUAGGUGUCUGAAAGAUAGUCGUCUUAUUUGAGAUGACGUCAGUAUUUUGGUCAGAGUUGUAGCUGUAGAGAUGGGUGACCCUGUCGUGUGUACCUUAGUUUUAGUAAGGGACAUCUCUCUCUCUAUCUCUUUCUAUCUCUCUCUCUCUCUGGCCCUUUAUUUUGGGUCAACUCUGGCAUCUGCUACAGACAGAGAACACUUGGACACCUGUAAAUGAAACAUGUAUGUAUUGUAAAUAUAUUUAACAGAUUCCUCUGCUAUGCUUUUGGCUAACAGUGUCUACUGUUGUCUGUAGCAGAUCCCAGCUGAAUCCAUGCUAGACAGAGAAAAACCUUGUUUGAUACAAAUUGUAUCAUUAACUAAGUCGCUGAUGUUAUAUACAGUACAUGGACUUGUUGAUCCGUAUUUAUCAAACACUCUUGAUGUAUUGCUAUAUGAUGAAGUGCAUUAACAACAGUUACUGUUCCAAUCGAGAUGUUCCAACUUUUAAUCUUGUGGAAAUAGCUUUGAGACAAUUAUUUCAAAUAUGUUAUGAAACAAAAGCAGUUGUUCGCCUACUAUGUUUAGGUAUAACAACUUCUUUAUCUGCGCUUUUGGGUUUGAAGCUGGCUUAUUUUCUACAAGAGCUCCGAUUAGAUAUGUGAGAAUUACGCUUUGGUUUACUGGUUGACGACAUAUCUGCCCAUUUGCAAACAGAAUUAAGUUAGUUUUUUUUCACAGUGAGGUUGGGGUCAGUUCAUGUUUAAGCUGUCUUAAGCCUCUUCAUUAAAGUCGGGGUGAUUUCCUUUUAAAAUAAUAUUUUAAAACUUAAUAGCUGAAAUAAUAGAGAACUGAUGUAUUAUCAUUAACCAAUCUAUUGUUUCUAUUAAAUCAUGAAUUGAGUGAACAGAUCCCAACCAUGUUUAGAAAAGAAAUGAUUAUAUUUGGGUCAGUCCCAUAUCCCAUGGCGGCCAUUUUGAAUGUCCAUAACACUCUACUAAAGCUCUACCUGGAGUAUUUGCAAAUAUAUAAAGCUACUGUUGCCUUAAGUAAAAAAUGAGGCCAUAAGUGUAAUCACUGAAGUAAUCUCGAGCUACAACUUUUUACAUGUAGCAAGCAAAGCGUUCAGAUAGUUUAGCUGCUAGCUGCUUUGCAGACACAAAGUUAAAUGUGGAAAGUUUGUUUGAUAUGUUAAGGGAGAAAUAUAAUGACUGUGGUCACAGUGCAUUACAGGGUGAUUACUUACAAACAUGACAUAAUCUGAGAAAAUGCUUCAACUACACUACUUAAAGAUUAAAUGAUAACUGCUGAGGCUAUUUGAGCACUUACUAAACUAAUGUUAACAUUCCCCUUAUUAUGAUACAUUUGAUCUGUUUAGGGUGUAACCUGCCUGAAGCUACAUUAAAAAAAUAAUACAUUUGGACAUGUGUUGCACUUUAAUUAGUAAGAUAUUCAAUAUUCUGAAUGAGGCCAGAUUACUACUCACACUUAGAUAUCAUAAGCCAGACUGAAAUGUUAAACUACUUUAUAUUGAUUUGGAUUAAUUCAUAUGUUAAAUAAUUAAUCAAUAAAUAAUGUUAUCAGCAGGACAUACUGUAGCGUAGUUGUACUUGACCAGGUAGAGCUAAGUUCAUAAUGUCCGCCAAGGAAACAAGUCUACACAGUGAGCUCAUCAUACAGUUCAUCACAAGCCAGCUACAUAAAGCCCACUGGUUUCUUUCCUGUCCAACGUGUCAGAUUGUACAAAUAUGAACGAUUGUACAAUAACACGUGCUGUUGAUGAGAGAGAACCUCUGUGUGUAUUGAAGAAGCGCCUUCUCUCUGGCCUCCUGGCACUGUGUGUCAGCGUGGCACCUGAGCGUGGGCCCAAAGUAAUGCCUCUUCAUGGCAUUGUGCUUAUGACACAUCCAAUACUCUGAACUAUGUUCAGCUAACUGUUAUGCAUGUUUUGAUUUUGUUUUGGUUUCUGCAUGUUUACUUGUGUUUUAUUUGUGUACAUAGCUGUGUUACUGUCCUGGAAAUUUGUCUUGCCGUUAUUGUGACAUGAUGCUAGCUGUCUAGACUGAACUGUACACAAAACUGGCUUGUUUCUCUGCUCAUUAAUAUUUUAUUUCUUAUAUCAGUUAGAAUUAAUUUCAGUACAGCACCCUCCUUUAACAUACACUAUGUAGUCAAAUGGGAAUGCUAUACUGUUUUCUAUAAGGCUUGACAUUUACUCUAAAGGAUAAGGAAGCAUGUUUUGGAAUGUAUCUCACUUUUCUCCAGCUUUGUUUGCUUUGGAAGUGCACUCGGCCUUAGAUAGUGAAAAUGGAAACUUGUGACAACCAACUUAUGUGCUGUAGAUAUUACAAAGUUUUACAAGCCACUGCACUCUAGCAGGAUGAAAAAUCCUUUGUUUCAAAUUAUAUUUACAUUUUGCCAGUAGAAUAACACUGUAACUAACUGAUUAUUGUAAUAUUCUCAACUGUAACUGUAAUUGUUCAUUAAAGAGUACUACUAUAAAACAUGUGGUGUCCUUUGACUUUGUAGUUGAAGAGGGUUUGUCUUAUCUGUCAAUAUCAGUAUCUACCUUUAACAACUAAUUAAGAAUUAUGCAGAAUCAAAUUUUUAUUUGCUAUUUUCCUAUAACACUGACAAGAUUACUUACUGUUUCGAUAACUGUCUGAGUAUCUUGAAAAGCAAUUUUAUUUAUAGAAUUUCUUUUCAACAACAACAACAGGUAAUAGCUUGGAAUUAAUGUAUUAAAAGCUAAUAGAGAUUUUUGCAACAGGGUAAUAAGAGGCUAAAACAAAUGUGUGAUGGGUAAACGCAUCUAAAGACAACAAUGAGGCAG